AUGACCCCUGAAAAAACAAUCAAGGAAAGCAAAAAAGUUGAUUUCAAUGAACAAGCACUACUAAAGGAAUUCCCAACAUUUCACUUGAUUCCUCAAUCCGAACAAUUAAGAUUUCUCUUCACUAUUAUUCGCGAUAAGAACACAUCACGAACAGACUUUGUAUUUUACAGUCAACGUAUUAUCCGUUUGGUGGUGGAGGCUGGACUUGAACUUAUUCCCAUGUGUGAGAAGGAUGUGAUAACGCCUACUGGACACACAUACCAUGGAUGCGUUCCCGAUAAGGAUGGCAUUAUUGGCAUCAGUAUUCUUCGCGCAGGUGAAUCCAUGGAACCCGCCCUGCGGGAAACAUGCCGUGGUAUUCGAAUUGGGAAAAUUUUAAUUCAAAGAGAUGAAACCACGGAGGAUAAGAGACCAGAUGAACGUUAUAAUUAUACAAAGAUUCCAAAGGAUGUUGCCAGUCGUCAUGUAUUACUUCUUGAUCCGAUGAUUGCCUCAGGAGGUAGUGCCAUUCGUGCCACUGAGAUUCUUGUGCGGGACCACGGAGUGCCAGAGGAGAAGAUUAUCUUUUUGAAUCUCAUCACAUGUCCAGAAGGGAUUCGUCGAUAUAUGCAAAAGUUUCCAGGAGUUCAGGUUGUCACUGCAGCUAUUGAUGAGACACUUAACGCAGAUAAAUAUAUCUGCCCUGGUCUUGGUGAUUUUGGUGAUCGCUUCUUUGGCACUCACGAAUAA